GGAGAUAACACCCGUCUACUCCGUGGUUUUGGCUUGUGUUUGCAUUUACUUCACCGGUCUCCUCUCGUUUGUUCACUGUGCACCGGUCUUACGACUCGAGUUUAUCAAACUACACCAAGAUUGAAUCCUUACGCCGUUUAUUCUGCACCCUUACAUCGUACAAAAUGUCCAGCCCGAAAGCUGAUAUUGCCCUGAUCGGAUUGGCCGUGAUGGGGCAAAAUUUGAUCCUCAACAUGGAUUCCAAGGGAUUCGUCGUGUGCGCCUACAACCGUACCGUGGAUAAGGUCACCCAUUUUCUGGAGAAUGAAGCCAAAGGUACCAACAUCAUCGGUGCCAGCUCGCUGCAGGACAUGGUUAACAAGCUGAAGAAACCGCGCAAGAUCAUGAUGCUGGUUAAAGCCGGUAGCGCUGUGGACGAUUUCAUUAAUCAGCUGCUGCCGUUGAUCGAGCGUGGUGAUGUGAUCAUCGAUGGAGGCAACUCGGAGCACCAGGACUCCGCCCGGCGCUAUGAGGAGCUUAAGGCAAAGGGUAUCCUCUAUGUUGGAUCCGGUGUUAGCGGUGGAGAAGAGGGAGCCCGUUAUGGACCCUCGCUGAUGCCCGGUGGUCAUCCCGAUGCGUGGCCGCUCAUUAAGGAUAUUUUCCAGGCCAUUUGUGCGAAAUCAAACGGAGAUCCGUGUUGCGAGUGGGUCGGCGAGGGUGGCGCAGGACACUUCGUUAAGAUGGUACACAACGGCAUUGAGUACGGUGAUAUGCAAUUGAUCUGUGAAGCGUACCACCUGAUGUUGGCCCUCGGCAUGACGCAGAAAGAGAUGGCACAGGAGUUCGACGAGUGGAACAAGGGCGUACUGGAUUCGUUCCUGAUUGAGAUUACGCGAGAUAUCCUGAACUAUCGUGACGACGAGGGAUACCUGCUCGAACGCAUCCGUGACACGGCCGGCCAGAAGGGUACGGGCAAAUGGACGGCCAUUGCCGCCCUGCACCACGGCGUCCCGGUGACACUGAUCGGUGAGGCGGUGUUCUCGCGCUGCCUGUCCGCACUGAAGGAGGAACGGGCGAGGGCUAGCAAACAAAUUGCCGGCCCGAGCACGAAGCCAUCCGUGGCGGAUCGCAAGCAGUUCCUCACGCACAUUCGCAACGCGCUGUACUGCGCGAAGAUCGUUUCGUACGCACAAGGUUUCAUGCUGCUGCGUGAAGCUGCCAAUGAGUACAAGUGGAACCUGAACUACGGUGGUAUUGCGCUGAUGUGGCGCGGCGGAUGCAUCAUUCGUAGCGUCUUCCUGGGCAACAUCCGGGAUGCGUUCGUGCGCAAUCCGCAGCUCUCGAACCUGCUGCUGGACGAUUUCUUCAAGAAAGCCAUGAUGGACAAUCAGCAGUCGUGGCGUGAGGUCGUCAGUCAGGCCGUACUUUGGGGCGUUCCCGUGCCGGCCCUGUCGGCGGCUCUUGCCUUCUUCGACGGAUACCGAUCGGAGCGGCUGCCGGCAAACUUGCUCCAAGCGCAGCGUGAUUACUUCGGUGCACACACGUACGAGCUGCUCGGAAAAGAGGGCAAGUUUGUGCACACCAACUGGACGGGCAAGGGUGGCAAUGUGUCGGCCAGUACCUAUUUGGCCUAAUCCAGCUCCUUACAACGGCAUCGGCAGUAGCUUGAAGUCGUAACGCACAGCACUCCAGUUCAUUCCUUUCUAUUCAUCAUGGUUCGAUCUUUUCGGUACAAGUUCUAAACGAAGAAAAGAUUGCGAAAAUUCUCAUGCAAAGAAAGUCUUUGGCGUUGUUUGAAUGAAAAGAACAAUCGUCAUUUUCUUUGCAGUUCUAUGCGAUAGAGCAGUUAUUUAUUGUUGAUAUUUUUCUACGCCGUUUUCCUCGUAAUAAAAAAAAGUUGAUUGUGUA